GUCAUCACAAGCAUGUCUCCCUCUGAGGGCGACGAUGACAUCACAAUCAUCGGCAGCACCACCGAACCCCAACUCGAAUCGGUGCCCAGCCGUGUGCGCCUCAGGCUGAAAAAACUGCCAGGCUACUUCACCGGCACUGGCGACCUCCUGGCGGCCCUCCUUGUUGCAAAACUGCACUGCCACCAGGGCCGAUUCGCUGCCGCCCUGGAAGAGGCGGUGGCUGCAUUGCAGGGUGUGAUGGCAGUGACAGCAGAUGCACAGGGUGGGAUCGCCGCGGACGACAGGAGCGCAGAGGCCUUUCGGGCACGGGAGCUGAGGGUGGUGCAGGGGCAAUACCUGCUGGAACAUCCAGAGGUGGUGCACAGGGCAGAGCCAGUUGGAGGGUGA